UACACAUCUACCCUCUCCCAAAACCCAUCAGGAAAUCUAGAUAACAACACUAUCCACUCUUUAUCCAAUCUAAUACUUGCACGUGGCAAUAGCCCAAUACGUCACCAUCAUCUUCUUGUCCAAGAGAGAAUAGAUCUCAUUACACUACCAUUUUAUGUGCCAAGUAAUCAAAGCCUUGCACUUUUUAAUUUCUCUCAGCUUUUGUUCCCUAACCUUUCUUAGCUCAGUAGAAGCUGGACACAAGAAAAGAAAAGGAAAGAGAGAGACAUCAAAUAGAAAUAUGUGUAACAAGAAUGGGUCUGUUAAACCAAGAAAAGCAAAAGCACCUCCAAACCCAGCAAGAAAAUCAAGAACCAAAACAAGAAAACCAAAAUACCUCUCUCUCAAACUUCAACUUUCUCAUCAUCAUCAAAACAAAACCGAAAAAAACAAAAUGCCUCAUAAACAGCAGCAGCAGAAGCAGCUGAUCAAUCUUUUCCCUCUCCACCCAGAAAAUCUAGUUCAGGAUCAUAAAGAUCACAUGCAAGAACAACACGAUGAUCAAGUAUCUGACCACGUAGCUUUUCUCUUUGAAACAGCCACCGAUGACACAUCCACUUCUCUCCAUGCCAUUCUUGAUUCCACAACUACCACCACCACCACCACUACAACAACCUCCGAGGAGGGUAGCCCACUGUCCCCUUCAUUGACAUAUGUAUACAGAGGGCAUGAUCACGGAGAACGUGAAGGGUCAUCGCUUGUAAAGACAGCAAUGAAGUGUCAAGAAAGGGAUGCGAGUAAAGAGAGAUGGGUGAGUUACUGGGAAGUAGUGGAGAAGAAAGAACAGGAAGAAGUAAGUAGUAAUUGUCGUUAUACUGCUGCUGAUUCAUUGGAGAAGAUGGUGGUGCGGCAGCAGCAGGCGGUAGGUGAUGAUCAUAACAAUAAGAUUAUGGGUUUGGUGGGAUUAAAGCUUGAUUAUCAAGAGAUCUUGAAUGCUUGGUCUGAUAAGGGCCCACUUUAUAUCAAAGGAGAGUCCCCACAAACUGUCCCUGACUUGCUUGAUGCUUCCAAUGCCUUAGUAAAUAUAUGGACAGUGCCAGAAUUGGGAAGCAGCAGCAGCAUAAAAGAAGAGAAAGAGGAGUGGAAAUUGGGACAAAGAGAGGCAAGUGUUUUGAGAUACAAAGAGAAGAGGCAAAGCAGGCUUUUCUCCAAGCGAAUUCGAUAUGAAGUUCGAAAACUUAAUGCUGAGAAGCGCCCUCGUUUGAAGGGACGAUUUGUAAAGAGAAACGGAGAAGAGUAACCUUAUUUUUGGACAAUUUUUAUGUGCUAUAUUACUAAGAAGCUCGCUUCCUUUCUCUAGAGCUUUCUUUGUUCCAUCUUGCUUGUGACUGGUAAAAGCUCUGAUUAAAUGCUAAGGAUAUGAAAAAUCAGUCCACAAGAACAAAGGGGACUAAAAUAAAUUUGUACAAAAAGCUCUAUUGGCACCAUCUAUGAAAUGCCAUGUUUGGAAUAAUAGUUCUGAUCAGACAAUUCAAGUUUUAUUAGGCAUCA